CAAGGGUCUAAGUUGUAAACUGCUCAGUCGGCAGAUCUACAGUUUGGCAGAAGCAGACUCAGCAUACUCAGCAUACAACACUGCUCUGCUGACCCAGGGAAUCCAUACAACUGGCAGAGUGUAUAGACAUCAGCAAACUUGAAAACUGCAUUACCAGGCACUUUCUUGGUUGGAAAACUGGCGACUCAUCAAUUAGAUAGUGGUAUGGGGCAGCAGGGAGGAGGGGGAGGGGGAGGGGAUAGGUUGGUUUCAAUCAUGCAACCAGGGGAGAGCUUGUACAUUGAAGAUUUUAACUUGGAUACUCUACAAAUGAACACACAGCUGAUAUUACCGGAUAUGGAACCCUUGAGAAUAAACCGGCGAGGGAUGAAUUCUCCAUCUCAACUCCACAACCUCAUGCCGGCGAACCAUGGGAUGGUUUCCGGUCAUCUUUCAGACCUGGACACUUUGCGCAAUAUUCCUCACAGCCUUUCAAACUCAAUGAUGUCAUCUCCACCCACCCACCACACCCUCACAAAUAUGAAAUAUCCGGGAACGCCCCCUGACACGCCCCCUGGAAGUUCUCCCUCCCCGCCCUAUCACACCCUGACCACCUCCAUGUCCUCCCCCUCCACCAUCAACGUGGAGGUGUCGGAGAUCCUCUGGAAGAAUUACCAGGACCAGCCAAUAGAUCUCCGGGGACAAUGUGAACUAGGACGGGACGAACUCCAGGAGAAAUGGUUAAGUAGUCUGGACUACUCCGGAGAUGAGUCUGGACUACGACAGCAGCUGGGGAUGGUCUCCAACCUACCACCAGCUCCGAAGUUGGACGCUAAUGGUGUUGUAGUGGACGAUGAACAGGUUCUGGUGAACCUGAGUGUGCGUGAGCUGAACAAGAGGUUGCAUGGAUAUCCUCGUGACGAAGUUGUCAAGCUCAAACAGAAGCGGAGAACAUUGAAGAACCGAGGCUACGCGCAGAACUGCAGAUCCAAGCGUAUGCUGGUGAGACGCGACCUAGAGGUGAACAACGAGCAGUUGAUUAAUGAGAACCAUAGGAUGAGGAUAGAGCUGGAGAGGGUGACGAGGGACAGAGAUAUGGUGAUGAGGGAGAGGGAGAUGCUCAGGAGCAGGCUGGCGGAGUACGAGAGACAUCGAUCCAAUCUUAACCACAGGGUUCAGGAGGACAUCAACAAGAACAACCUGGAGAACAUGAACAAGAUGGCGCAGUAUACAGGGCUCUGACAGGGUGAUCGGGCCGCUCAUGACGGCUCUUACAGAUCCUGCGCUUUAGGCUACUAUAGAGAGAAAUAAAAUGGCCACCUUGCUCAUGCGGAA